CAGUCAGUCAGGCUUGCCCCGCGAAGCCAGCAGGUUGUGGAGGUGCGUCCGUGGCGCCGCGCGUAGCCGAGCGCCGUGCCCGUGGAGUUGCUUUGGUCCGUGGAUUGUACGCAUGACUAUCCGCCACCAGUGCGCAGUGCGCCCGGCGCGCAGUCCGCGCAGUCCGCGCAGUCCGCGAGGUGUUAGUGAUGUGACCAGUGCAGUGAAGUGAGAUGUGAGAGUGCAGCCAGAGGGUUGGAUGUGAUGGCGGCCAGCGCAGCCACGGAUGGCAGGCACCGCAGGCAUACUACCCCAGUGAUUGAGUGACACCCAGUGGCACCGACACACCCCCAGCCGAGUGCAGCCUUGUGCAACCCACCCAGCCCAGGAAGGAGCAUGGGCACGCUGGGCCUGUCGAAGGUCUUCAUUCUGGACAAGUACUUCACCGAGCUGCAGAAGUUCUGGGAGACGGAGAAGAAGCUCCAAGAUGCGUCGUCGUCGAACGAGGCCGUGCACCUGCAGCAGCGGCUCCGAAGCCUCAGCACGGAGCUGGUGACGCUGCGCAACCGACUCCAUGUCCAGGGCGGGGCUGGCGGCGCUGGCGGGGCCGGCGGCGCUGGCAGUCCCGGAGGGCCGCAGGGUGGCGGCGUCCACGGCGGCGGCCAUGGCGGCGGCGGACAGGGACCUCCGAACCACGCCCCGCCCAUCGCCCCCAAGCCCCUGCACCCCAUCAGCCCGGAGAAGGGCGUAGGCCCGCACCCCUCCCUGCUCCACCCGGGGCACAUCAUCCACCAGCCGCUGCCGCCGACGCCGCUGCAACUGCAGCAGCAACAGCAGCACUCUCCACCGCCCCCGCCGCCGCCGCCGUCCGCGCCACCCCCGUCUGCGCCAGCCCCACAGCUGCCGCCGACGCCGCCGCACACCCCGAAGCACGGCAGCAAGGGAAAGAAAUGCGUGCAGUCCCCGCCGGCCUCGCCCAACGUGGCCCUACCCCACGUGCCCCAAGUGCCCCACACGCCCCACGCGGCCCACGCGCCCCACACGCCGCACGAGAUGGCGUCGCGGCCGGCCAGCCAGGCGCAGUCCCACUGCCCGCUCUACCAGGCCGCCUCGCCGUCGUCGCCGUCGCCCUACGCCGACCUCCAUGACCUGAUCCACCUGCCGGGGCCGCUGACGGAGGACGCGGUGCUCAAGUGCCUGCACGGCCGCUUCCUGGCCAACCAGCUGCACACCAACGUGGGCCCCAUCCUGCUGUCCGUCAACGCGUACCAGGACGUGGGCAACCCGUUGACGCUGAGCUCGACGCGCGGCGUGCCCCUGGCGCCGCAGUUGCUGCGAGUGGUCCAGGACGCGGUGCGGCAGCAGGCCGAGACGGGCUACCCGCAGGCCAUGAUCCUCUCGGGCUGCAGCGGCUCGGGCAAGACGUACGCGGCGAUGCUGCUGCUCCGGCAGCUGUUCGACGUGGCGGGCGGCGGCCCCGAGACGGACGCGUUCAAGCACCUCGCCGCCGCCUUCACCGUGCUGCGCGCCCUGGGCAGCGCCAAGACCUCCUCCAACUCCGAGUCCAGCAGAAUCGGCCACUUCAUCGAGGUGCAGGUGACGGACGGCGCGCUGUACCGCACCAAAAUCCACUGCUACUUCCUGGACCAGACCCGCGUCAUCAGGCCCGCGUCCAACGAGAGGAACUACCACAUCUUCUACCAGUUGCUGGCGGGCCUCACCCCGGAGGAGCGAGCCAAGCUCAACCUGGAGGGCUACUCCGUGCACAACCUCAACUACCUCCGGCACGGCCUGCGGCCGGGGGGCGGCGCCGCGCCUGGGGACGCCGGGGCUGCUGCGGCCGCGGCGGCGGAGGAGGCGGAGGACGCGUCCCGCUUCCAAGCCUGGAAGGCGUGCCUGGGCGUGCUGGGCAUCCCCUUCCUGGACGUGGUGCGCGUGCUGGCCGCCGUGCUGCUGCUCGGCAACGUGCAGUUCGUCGUGGUGGACGGCCAGGGCGGCGUCGAGGUGUCGGUGCAGGGCGACGCGGAGCUGAAGGCCGUGGCCAACCUGCUCGGGGUGUCUGGGGCCGCCCUCUUCCGGGGGCUCACGUCCAGGACGCACAACGCGCGCGGGCAGCUCGUGCGGUCCGUGUGCGACGCCAACAUGUCCAACAUGACCCGCGACUCGCUGGCCAAGGCGCUGUACUGCCGCACCGUGGCCACCAUCGUCCGGCGCGCCAACAGCCUCAAGCGCCUCGGCUCCACGCUCGGCUCCACGCUGGGCUCCACGCUGGGCUCCACGCUCGGCACGCUCAGCUCCGACUCCAACGAGUCCGUGCACAACCAGGUGGACGUGCUGAGCCAGCACGCCAGCACGGCGGGCACGGCGGGCUCCAAGUCCAGCAAGUCCAUGGCGGCACUCAACAACGCCGUGCGCCACGCCACGGACGGCUUCAUCGGCAUCCUCGACAUGUUCGGCUUCGAGGACCCCAAGCCCAGCCAGCUGGAGCACCUAUGCAUCAACCUGUGCGCCGAGACGAUGCAGCACUUCUACAACACGCACAUCUUCAAAUCCUCCAUCGAGUCGUGCCGCGACGAGGGCAUCCACACCGAGGUUGAGGUGGACUACGUCGACAACGUGCCCUGCAUCGACCUCAUCUCCUCCUUGAGGACAGGCCUGCUCAGCAUGCUAGACGUGGAGUGCUCGGUGCGCGGCUCGGCCGAGACCUACCUGACCAAGGUGCGCGCGCAGCACCGCCAGAACGGGCGGCUGUUCGAGCCGCGGCCGCAAGAGGCGCGUUCGUUCGGCAUCCAGCACUUCGCCGGCAGGGUGGUGUACGACGCCAGCGACUUCCUGGACACCAACAAGGACGUGGUGCCGGACGACCUGGUGUCCGUCUUCCACAAGCAGACGUGCAACUUCGGCUUCGCCACGCACCUGUUCGGCAGCGAGCUCAAGGCACUCUUCUCCUCGGAGACGGUGCCGCGCGGCGUCAGCUUCCGGAUCUCGCCGACCUCCCACACCGACCUGCUCAACGGCGACGAGCCCGUGUCCACGCUCACGCAGGACUUCCACACGCGGCUGGACAACCUGCUGCGCACGCUGGUGCACGCGCGGCCGCACUUCAUCCGCUGCGUGCGCUCCAACGCCUCCGAGACGCCCGGCAGGCUGGACCGCGCCACCGUCAUGCGCCAGAUCCGGUCCCUGCAGGUGCUGGAGACCGUCAACCUGAUGGCGGGGGGCUUUCCGCACCGCAUGCGCUUCAAGGCGUUCAACGCGCGCUACCGCCUGCUGGCGCCGGCGCAGCGCGGCCCGCGGCAGGCUCAGGGCUGCGGGCAGCAGCAGGGGCCCGCCGACGCCCCCGAGGAGUGCGCGCUCUUGAUGCAGCAGCUGCAGGUGCUGCUCGAGGCCGAGCCGCAGAAGAGCCAGUCGCAGGUGUCCAUGGGCUGGGCGCUGGGCAAGCGGCACAUCUUCCUGAGCGAGGGCGCUCGCCAGCAGCUGGAGGCGGCUCGCUGGGAGACGAGGCACGUCAGCGCCGUGAGGAUCCAGUCCCGGUGGCGAGGGCACCGCGCCAGGAAGCGCUGGCCCGCCCUGCGCCGCAGCAUGGCGCACACGGCCCACUCGGCCCACACGGCCCACACGGCGCACUCGCAGCACCAGGCCGCCGCGCACGCCGGCAUCGCCCGCAACAUGCCCUGCAGCCAGCCCCAGGCCGCCGCAUCCCCCGGCCGCGCGGGCAACGUCGUGGCCAAGGCGGCCGCGGUGGCAGCAGCCGCGGCGGUGGCGGCCGCGUCGGGGGCGGGGUCUUGCGGCACCAUCACCAGGCCCAGGCCGCAGCCCAUAGCGGGCACGCCGCCCCCUGACCCGGCGGACAAGUGCGACCACAACGUGGUCCAGCAGACCUGCACCCUCUUCGGACUGGACCUGGAGAGGCCGCCGCCGGUGCCACCAAGCCGCUCGUACACCGUGACCGGCAACACCAAGCUAGGCUACCCCCAGACGCGGAUGAUCAAGAUGCCCUUCCCUGAAGAUGGUAGCGGGGAAGUCCAACUGCUCAAGGGUGACCAAGUUCUCGUGCUCGGGGCGUCGCCUCGCCGCGGCCAUCUCCUUGUCGAGCACAACAGCGUCAACCUCCACGUGCCCUACCAGUUCCUGGAGCUCCUCCCCGGACCCGGACCCGUGAGCAUCUAGCUUGCCCCUCGAGACUGCGCUACUGCGGCCGGAGUGUGAUUAAGCCAACCUGGAAGACUGAUGACUUAGAUUUUGCUCACUUUGGCAGAUGAAAACUUGUGCCAUAGAUGUAUUUAUAGUGUAUUCGACUACAUUCUCAUAGCGUUAUACAAUGCCAUCCAUUACUAUCUAAAUGUGUAUAACAUAAUUUUAUUGUGAAUAAGUAUUUAAUAUUUUCCUUGUGCCAUUCGGUCGAAGCCUUAAUCAAACACAAAUAGGAAGCACCUUUAUGUGCACAAACUGCCAUGAAUUCACUGUAAUAAUUUGAAACCUCUUCUUUGACAGCUCAUAAGGUGGUGUCAAUACCCAGUGAACUGUAGUAUUCAGUAAUUUGCCUUCAAUUAAGACUAAUUAAAUUUGAACUAAAGGAAAUGUGUGGAUCUUCAUUAGUUUAUGAAGCAAGUAAGAAUCUAGAAUUCAAAGAUCUCACUCAUGCUCAGUGCCUCUUCUUGAGAACUUCUUGUUGAGGAACAAGGUAAAAAAAUGAAGAUGCAUCAAUGUUUGACAACUGCAGUUUAUUGUUCUUUACUCCUUUCUGUAUGUACAAGAUCCUGUACAUCGUGUUAGGUAAAGGGCUCUUUGUCAAUCUUCUAUUAAAAUGGGGAGCAUAGAAAGAAAUUUGAAGAAUAAAAAGAUGAAAGUAUUAAGUACACAGCAGAAUAAAAGGUAACUUAUUAAGAGAGUUGAAUUAGUAGCAAACUCUGAAAAGUAUAGCAAAUUUCUAUUAUUACAGUACUGUAUUUGCAAGACAUUUGGCACAAGAAUAAUUAACAUGAAGCUUGAAAGGCUUGUGUAAAUAUUUGUAAGUUAAGGACAUAAGUCAAAAAUGAAUACAAUUAUUGUUGUAAUCUGUACAUAUGUUAUGGUCAUGCCUAUAUUGUUUGUACAAAGUGACUCAUUAAAGAUAUUUUCAUUGAUUCA